AUGAAACCUCCGAGCACGCUGGCUGACAACCAUCUGGAGAUGUCCACUGGGCGGCUUGCCCAAGUGGAGGAUGAGCUGAAGAGGCUCAAAAUUUUCGGGGAGGCCUCCUCGUCCCAAGGACCGCCGGCCGCCCGUCUGAAGGCCAAGCUAAAGAGGGCUCAACUACUCCUGGCGACGGAGCAGCAAAAAUUGGCCGAGCAGGCCAGUAGGCUGGGCCAGAUCGAGGCACAGCUAAAGACUUACAAUCGAAAAUUCAAUCUGGCUUCCACAAGGAAACUAUGGGCCAUCGUCGAUCUGGAGGAAAAAAAUAAGGAGGCCCGGCAGCUGGCCGAGGAUCUGAAGAAGGCGGAGGACUUCCUGGUGGUCGAACGGGAGAGUCGUUCGGCUAGGGAGGUUGAACUUCAAGGCCAAGUGAAGCGCCUUGAAGAGGAGUUAAAGGCUUCGUGUGCCACCCUGAAAACCUAUCAGGAGGCCGAGCCGGGUCGCAUUGCUGUCUUAAAGCAAUAA